AUGGCUCUUAUGGCCAGCGCUCCGUCAGUGCAGAAGGCGAAGCAAUUGCGGUCCCUUGUGCGGCUCCUUGCCAAUACAGCAGAGGUGGUCAUCAAGGAAUGGGAGAUUGAGGAACAGACCCCUCCAGCAGAACGAUCACAUCUGCCGUCGCCUACGUUGUUUGAGGCGCGCCGCACUUUCAUCGGGGCAUAUGGCAUGGGCAUCGACCUUGUACACGAUCCCGUCGUCCGGAUGACCGAAGUGAUAAACUCCUACUUCAAUUCGCGAGCUUUGCGUAUUGCUGCAGAAUCACGGAUCGCCGAUGUCCUGGACGGCGCCGAUCCGGAAGAAGGCAUCUCAAUCCAAGAUAUCAGUCGACAGGUUGGUAUCGAUGCGCAGAGUCUAGGGCGCGUCCUACGCUGUCUUUGCACCAUCCACAUCUUCGCCGAGGUGAAGGAUAACUAUUAUGUGAACAAUGCAGCCAGCCAACGUCUUGUCCGCAACGAGCCCUUGAGGUGCUGGUUGUUGAUGCAGUGCACGGAGGUAUAUACGGCCUCGGAUAAAUUGCCAACAGUCCUAUACGGUUCGUUCGACAAGCCUUCACGAAAAUCCGCUUUCCAGGAGGCCUAUGCGACAGAUAAAGACUUCUGGGAAUGGCUUGAGCAGAUGGUCGAACUUCCAGACGGAGCCGUCGCCCCUCGGCCAGAGCGAGAGAUAUGGAGAACUGGCAUAUGGGAGUUUGGCGCAGGGCCUGUUUCGGCCCCUGCGGUGUGCGAUGACUUUCCUUGGAAAUCACUUGGAUCGAGCGUGGUUGUCGACGUCGGAGCGGGUAUCGGUGGAAUGAGCAUGGAGUUAGCGAAGCGGUACCCAUUGUUAAGAUUUAUCGUUCAAGACCGCGCAAUGGUCAUUCAAGAAGCUGCGGCUGUCUGGCAGAAGGAACUUCCGGAAGCGUUGUCAUCAGGUCACGAUUGGGAAGAUGAUGUCUGUGUCACAAUUCUCUCGCUUCUUCGCAAGGCAAUGGGCCUCCACUCGCGCAUCCUGAUAGCAGGCAAUGUCAUGCAAACCACAGUGGACUCCAGCUACCUGAAGUCAGCGCCGUCGCCGCUGCCAGCGAAUUACGGAUAUGGAAAUUCGUUCGCGAACAUGCACGACUUGUACAUGUUCACAAUGGUUAAGGGAGGAGAGCGCACCGUAGAGGAGUUUAGCAUACUAGCGGCGCGGUCAGGAUUACAAAUGACGAAGGUAUACGAGUGUCGCGGGCUGAGCUCUAUUACGGAGAUGAGAAGAGAUGAUUAUGCGGAGUAG